GUCAGUCUGGGACUCUAACCAGCACCACCAGGACUCUAGACAUUCACUUGUUACGGAUACCAGCCAUGAUUGGGUUUUCUUCCCCAGUGUUUUUCCUGCUACUACUGACGGCUGUUAUUGCGGUGAUUGCUAACUCUGGAGACAAGCUGGUAAGACAAAAAAGAGAAUGGAUUCUCCCUCCAAAGCCGCUGACGGAAAAUAUAGACUACACUGAAAUGGAGUUUAUUGCUAAGAUUCGGUCAGAUGUUGAAACUUCGGACAAGAUCGAAUACUCCCUAGAAGGCAUCGGUGCCAAUCAAAAGCCCUUCAAUGUGUUUGUUGUCGACCCCGACACUGGAUUUAUUAGAGUGACCCAAAAGCUCGACAGGGAGCUAAUCGACACGUACACUCUGUCAGGUGUUGCUAAGUACAAAGAUGGCAGCGAUGCAGAGAAAAAAAUUGACAUCCGCAUCAAGGUUGUGGAUGAGAAUGACAACCCGCCAGUGUUUGGAGAAAUCAAGCCUGGGAAUGUGAAUGAGCUCAGUAUUGCAGGGACUUCAGUUAUGAAAAUAACUGCGACCGACGCUGACGAAUCAGGGAACGAGAAUUCUCAAAUCGUCUACACCAUCCUAGAACAGAACCCACCUCAUGGCAUGUUCGACAUAAAGAACGAUGGGACCAUCUUCGUCAAAAGUGCUGCCCUGGACAGAGAGACAACAGAUAUGUACACUCUGACGGUCCAAGGUCAAGACUUAAAUGGCAAAGCAGGCGGAAAAAGUGCAACCACAACGGUUAUGAUUAAUGUCCUAGACGUAAACGACAACCUUCCCACUCUGGAAAAGGAGAUGUAUGAGGGCAGCAUUGAGGAGAACACAAAGGGUGUGGAGGUGAUGAGGCUCAAAGCAGAGGACCUGGACGUGAAGAACACAGAGAACUGGGACGCUGUGUUUGAAAUUGUCAAAGGCAACGAGGCGGGGUACUUCAGCAUUACGACAGACCCCAAGACCAACGAGGGCAUCCUGAUGCUCGACAAGGCUGUGGAUUAUGAGGAUGUGAUGGAUCUUGAACUAGGACUAUCUGUGAGGAACAGCGCUCAAUUUUAUGAUGGAUCUGAGGGAAGUGUCGGAGGAAGCGGAUCUAUUGCAUCUGGUGCCAGUGCAGGUGGUGCUGGUGGAGGCGGUGCGGGUGGAGGCGGUGCGGGUGGAGGCGGUGCGGGUGGAGGCGGUGCCGGUGGAGGCGGGUCUUCUGGAACUGGUGGCGGAGCAGGCAGCGGAGGAUCAUCAUGGCAAAAAGGGAAAACCUAUCCAAUCAAGAUCAACGUGAAGAACCAGCCCGAGGGGCCAAGUUUCGAGCCGAAAGUGAAAGCCAUUCCCAUCUCAGAGGGCAGCUCCUUCAACAUUGAUACAGUUAUUGCCACCUACAAGGCAAUAGAUGGAGACACCAGGAAACCGGCAGAGAAUGUCAGGUAUGUCAAGGGCUUGGACCCUAACAACUGGCUAACCAUCGACUCAAAGACAGCUGAGAUCAGACUGAAAAAGAUGCCUGAUAGAGAAUCUCCAUACCUGAUCAAUGGGACAUACAUGGCUAAAGUGCUCUGCAUCUCAGACGACAUGCCUGGUAAAACAGCGACUGGCACAGUAGCCAUCCAGGUUGCGGAUUUUAAUGACAACUGCCCCUCCCUGACCAGGAACAUAGAGACCAUCUGUAUCCCGAGUGAUGCAGUUAUUGUCAGCGCAACAGAUGAGGAUCACUUCCCAAACGGGGCUCCGUUUGAGUUUGCCAUCAUCCCAGAGGAAACUCAGGGCACAUGGCAUGUGGAGCAUUUAAAUGAUACCUCAGCUAUCCUGAGGGCCGUGGGGGACAUAUGGCCUGGCUCCUAUGAGGUGAGCUUUGUGGUGAAGGACCAGCAGGGAUUGGCCUGUCCAGAACCACAGAAGGCGACGAUCCAAGUUUGUACCUGUGAGGAUGGGGUAGUGUGUGGAAAACAAAGCGCCGGCGGUCAGCCCAACAGGGAAGCGGAGUUAGGACCUGCAGGCAUUGGACUGCUUCUCCUGGGCCUGCUGCUGUUACUACUCGCCCUUCUGUUGCUGCUCUUCUGCAAUUGUGGGGGGGGCGGGGCUGGGUCAGGGAGCUUUGCCGAGAUGCCAUUCGACACCAAAUCCCACCUCAUUAACUACCACACUGAGGGCCAGGGGGAGAACACGGCGGUGCCACUCUUGAACAUGCCAACACAAAUAGAUGACAAUUUAGUGAUGGGUAACAAUAUGUUAGUAAUGGCACCCGUGGAAGGUAUGGGCUUCCAGAGAUCCGUAGCCUCCAUGGAUGGGAUGAACGCUUAUGGAGAUGGCUACGCAAGCGGCCACAGAGAAGCAUGGGGGAUGGCGAACCAGACAAUUGGCAGUGGGUUGUACUCUGAGUUUGAUGGCAGAGAAUCCAGAGUAGGUGGAGGAAUGUAUGAUGGCAUGGCUCUGCCAGACAACUUCCUGGGACAGUACUACUCUCAGAAGGUGACCAGUGAAAACGAGAACCUUGGAGGGAAGGACGGUCUUCUGGUCUAUGACUACGAGGGCCAGGGCUCCUCUGCUGGCUCAGUGGGCUGCUGCAGCCUCCUGGAGGUUGACAACGACCUGGAUUUCCUUGAUGACCUCGGGACCAAGUUCAAGACCCUGGCUGAAGUGUGCGGAGGCAAGAAGAUCCCAACCGAAGUCAAACAAGUGUUCUCUCUUCCACCCAGUGCUUCCAUCAACACUCAGACCUCAGUAUCAAGUUCAAUGGCCAUCCAACAGCAGCCCCCUCCACCCAAGCAGCAGCCUACCAUCUCCACGACUGUUGUCAGGGAUUUAUCUGAGGGUACUCAGGUGAUGAAGGAAAGCACGGCCACAGUGAGGGAAGGGAUGACCACAGUAAGGAAUGGGGUGACUAUGGUGAACGAAGGGAUGGCAAAUCAAGGCCAGAUGCUCCUGCUACAGCCACAGCAGCAGCAGCCCAUCUACUACACCACCAGCCCUAUGAUGCAGCCGGCACACUUCGUAGUCCAGCCACAGGUUCAGAACACCGUCGUGCUGGCGGAGGCACCAGCCACCAACCUCCAAGGCAUGGUACUGGUUAACGGCACCCAGACUGGACCUGCCCAAGGCAUGGUACUGGUUAACGGCACUCAGACUGGACCUGCCCAAGGGAUGGUACUGGUUAACGGCACCCAGACUGGACCUGGCCAAGGCAUGGUACUGGUUAACGGCACCCAGACUGGACCUGGCCAAGGCAUGGUUGUUCAGGGGCAGACAAUGAUGUCCGGCGGACAAGCCCAUGGCCCCCACAUGAUGCUGAUGGACAGGAGUGGAUUCCAGGGAGGCUGUGCAAACCUGAUUCAAACUGGGAACCUCCCUGGCUCUCAGACCAUGAUGAUGGUGGAGGGCAAGGUCCCUGCAGGGUCAAUGAGCUACGUGCAGGGGGGCACUCUGCAGGCAGGGGGGCUUUCGGGAUCCCAGAGGGUCCUGGUGGUCGGAGGGUCAACAAGCGGUGGAGGGCCUCUUAUCCAGGAGGCAGGAGGUCUGUCUCAGAAGAGUGGCAUCUCUGGCUCUCAAAGAGUCCUGUACAGCAAGGGCAGCCCAUCCGCUGGCUCACAGAGCACCGUGGUGGGCUCCUCUACCACCACAGUGAAUUCAACCCCCACAUACCGCAAAGUGGUGGUGCAAGAGACAAGAGAAAGACACUGAAUGAGAGACUGUCAGGACAAGUGCUGACGUUUCCUAUGAUGCUGAUGAGACUGUUCCAUUGGCCUGGUCCUGGUGGUGAUGGGAUGCUUGUGGGACACAACUAAUGCAAGACGGCUAAUGAAGAGGGCAGGUUCCCCAUAUACCCUCCCUUAAAUUUGACAGCACAAUUUUCGAACAUUUUUUGUCAAUCCCAAAUAAUUAGACACACUGCAGCACAGCUAUCGCCAGACAGCCGCACAGCCACCCGUCUUAUUCUUCUUUACCAGCCGCUCUCUAGCUCACUGUCGGUCAAUUCGGUUUCCCACCAAAUUUGUCCUUUGGAGGCUGAAAUCUGUCAUGGAAGUCAGUGUGUGGGCGUGAAGGUGUGUUUGUUCCAAUGCCUAUAGGCAAACAGGAGGUGUGUCUGUAUGAGUGG